UAAUACAUGCUGGAUAGGCCACGGUGCAUGAUCCUCGGCUUCUCCUCAUGCCUUUCCAUAAGCUGUUCUGUUCAGAUGCGGUCUUAUUGCGAGGGGUUAUUGGCCGAUUCUGUGUGUCCCGGACAUCGUCCUCUUCAGGGCAGCUUCCAGUGAUCCUUCUCCCCCGGCGUGCUCAAGAGAUACAGAAAGGUCAGUGGAAGAAGGGUCGCUCUGAGCAUGUGAUCACUCCCAGAGCUGGGAAACUGCUGAUACAGAGUCGGCGACCCCAAUUUAACCAGUCUGCCGGGGAGGUCUGGGGCAAGUGGGAAAGUCCUGAACUAGUAAGUGGUGGAUGGAAGAAUCGGCAGUCCUCAGGAGAUUACUUCACUAUCCAGCGGCUACAUAAAGAGGGCCCUGGGCCAGAUUCAGACCGCAGCUUCAGUUCCCUAGGGUUGGAGGACCGCCUAGUUUCAUCUCUGAAUGAAAUGGGCUUGAGCAGCCCCACUUGGGUGCAGAACGAGACCAUUCCUGUCCUGCUAAGAGGCCACAACCUUCUGUGCGCAGCUGAGACUGGCAGUGGCAAGACUCUUGCCUAUCUACUACCUGUAGUGCACCGCUUACUGACCAGCGAAGCAACAAGUAAACAGAGGGACCACCAUGCUUAUUCGUAUGACAAUGUAAUGCCAGACUUACCACCAUUGGCUAAUAAAACACACCUCCGCCCCAGCCAUCUAGUUACCAGCAACAAUUUUCCUGAUCCAUGUAAUCUUAUCCUGGUGCCAUCUAGGGAGCUUGCCAACCAGGUGUCAUCUGUUGCACGUAAACUGUGUGCUCAGCUAGGAUUGACUGUCAGUUCAAUUGGUGGUGGGCGAGGACGUGGAUCAGUGGACAAGCAACUGCGCAGGGGCCCUAUCGAUAUCUUGAUUGCUACCCCAGGUGCACUAUGGAAAGCUCUAAGAAGGGACACUUUAAGUUUAGAAUGUUUGAACUAUAUUGUACUGGAUGAGGCAGACACGUUAUUUGAUGAGAGCUUCUCUGAGCUAGUGGAGGACAUUCUCAAUCAUACCAGGAUUGCUUCCCGUAAGAGUGAGAUACGAGGCCCAGAGAAGAAAGCCCAGCUUGCAGUGAUUGGCGCUACCUUUCCUGGUGGGGUUGGCCAAGUGCUGGGUAAGGUAACAGAUCUUGGGAGUAUCACAACCAUCAAAAGCAAGAAGUUGCAUUUUCUUAUGUCCCAUGUUCAACAGACCUUCUUGAAGGUUAAAGGGGCAGAUAAAGUUGCAGAGUUACUGCAGUUGUUGAAGAAACAAGCUGUUGAUAGUCCUGGAGCUGGAGUGCUUAUUUUCUGCAACAGUUCAAGUACCGUGAAUUGGCUUGGCUAUAUCUUAGAUGACCAUGGCAUCAACCACACCAGGCUUCAGGGCCAGAUGCCAGCAGCCAUGAGAGUUGGUAUCUUUGAAACAUUUCUGAAAGGAAAGACUGAUGUGCUUGUAUGCACAGAUAUAGCAUCAAGGGGCUUGGACAGCAAGAGAGUAGAAGUUGUAGUAAAUUAUGACUUUCCUGCCACGCUACAGGACUACCUUCACAGAGUGGGCCGGGUUGGGAGAGUGGGGAGUGAGAAGAUGGGCAAUGUCUUGAGCUUUGUGACCCAUGCAUGGGAUGUGGAGUUGGUGCAAAAAAUUGAAACUGCAGCUCGCAAAAGAAGCGGCCUUCCUGGCAUGGCAUCCACUAUCAAGGAGCCAGUUCCUCAAGAAAGCCUAUUAAAAGAGGAGUUAGAGCAUUAAUAGACUAUUAUAAUGCAAUAAUAAUGGGGGGCGGCAAUGGCUGUCUGAUUAAUAAUGAGCUAAAGUGGCAUAUCUGUGAUCUUUUCCUGCAGGAAAGAGUUUUGCCACUUGUAUAUGGAAGAGUUUAUGUUGAGGCAAAAAUAGCAUGACAUAAGGAGUAAAGACUACAAAACCAUGUGACUGAUCAAAAUGACCACUAAAAACAACAAUUUAAAAAUAUACAAUAGCACUUUGAAUUUGAAAUAAGCAGCAAAAUAUUUUCUGGCAAAUUUGUCUGUCACAUAAUACAGGAGAGUGGAAAUAGACAUAACUGAAAAUUGUCACAAUAAAAUCUACUA